AUGUCAGAUAAAUUAAAAAGUAAUAAGAAGUUAGAAGGAGAAACCUUUAUGAAAGAGGGUGAUAAAUUAUCAAAAACAAAUAUAUUCAGAUGGAAGGCAGAUUGGGAUAGUGCAGCACUUGCAUAUGAAAAAGCUGCUAAUGCAUUUAGAAGUGCAAAAAUAUAUGAUAGUGCAAAAUAUUGUUUCCUUAGAUUAUCAUUAUGUCAAACUCAUAUGGAUGUUUAUUAUUUAGCAGCUAAAAGUAUGGAAAAUGCAUCAGCAAUGGCAAAGGAAUUAAAAGAGACUCAAGAAUGUGCAAAUUUAUUAUUAGAAUCAUGUAAACUCUAUAGAACAAAUGGUAAUAGUUUUCAAGCUGCUGAUACAAUGACAAAAGCUGCAAAAUUAUUAGAAGAUAUAGAUUUAAAUCAAACAAUUAAAUUAUUAACAGAUGCAUGUGAAUUAUUUGAAUUGGAUGAUAAGGAUCAUUUUUCAGGUGAUACAUUUAAACAAACUAUAUCAAUGUUAUUAAAGCAUAAGAAAUAUACAGAAGCAGUUGACUUAAUGAUUUUACAAAAUAGAGUAUUUGUUAAAUUGGAACAAAAUCAUGAUCUUCAUAAAUCAUGUCUUAGUGUUAUCACCAUUUCAUUAGCAACUGAUGAUAUUGUUGCAUCAAAGAAAUAUUAUGAACAAUUUUUAGAUUAUCCAAGUUUUAUUCACAGUCAAGAGGGUACAACUGCUCAAGAAUUAAUUACUGCUUUUGAUAAUCAUGAUGUAGAUGGUGUAAAGAAAAUCGUUUCAAGACAUAUUUUCAAUUUCUUGGAUAAUCAAGUUGCCAAGAUUGCAAAGAAUUUAUCUAUCUCAAAAGAUUCUCUUAAUCCAACUAUUAAUUCAACAGCUCCACAACAACAAUAUAGCAAUACUACUACCACCACCACAAAUAACACUAACAACAAUAAUCCUACUAGUCAACAAGAUGAUGAUGAAGAUGUCCUUUAA